GCAACAAUCGAAUCAGCAAAUCACCAAAGAAGAAUGAAAGGUCCUCAAAACCAACGAGCAAACACCCAAAGCACAAGGAACACCACAAAAGCUCACAAUGACCCCCAAAUACUAACCAAACACUAAAAGUUCUACUUGUGCUAACCUAAGAAGAUUUGCGCGCAUUGAUCUUAGUUGCAAUAUGAUAGAAGGCAGUAGUGUCUGUGCAAUCAUACUUUAUUCCUGAGUGUUUACCCAUCAAAAUGACACUAUGCGCCCUAGUCAAGAUUUCAUAAGGCUCCAAUAGCUCGCCACGCAACACCAUCAACUCCCACCCUUUCAGCUUUGCAACAUCAUCAACAUCAUCCACUACUGCAGUCUCAUUGAAGCUCGCAACAGGAUCAUGCUUCUUUCCUCCUCCUUUCACAACUUAAUCCCCUAUCAGUAUCAGCAGCCAGGUCUACUUCCAUCCUAACUAGUCAUAAACUAAAAUCAAAACUUACUCCUGAGAACACACAACAUAAUAAGCCCACCCAAUAUUUUGUUUCUCACCACUUCAUUCCAAACAAAUCACUUGUCUUCCAAGUGGGAAAAUGUGGGAAAACCAUUCGUCCCUUCCGUACCCUGCUCUGCCGCCAGGCCCACAAAGGGACACACUACACCACCACACCCUUUCCUCUUUCCACUCUCACUCUUCUUCUUCUUCUUCUCUCAACAACUCCAAUGGCUCUCACUGCUUACAAAAAUCGCCUUCAAUGCUUCAUCCAAUCCAUGUACGACGAGUGUUGGUGCAGAGAAUGUCAAGCGUGAACAUGAUGAACUUCUUUUUGCUUCUGAGAUGAAAGAUAAGAAUCAGCCCGUGUUAUCAAAUCGAGAAUGGAUUUUCUUAUUUGGGGAGAAAACUUCAAACCCUUGUCCAGAGGGAGCUACAUUUCUGCUUUUAAAGAAAAAUGUCAAUGCGGUUGCGGAUUCGGCAAGGACUCUUGCAAGGACAUCUGAAUCGAAUGUUUGAUGAGGAGGUAGUUAAUAGUCAGUUUAGUACAAUCUUGUGGUGUCCAAGAAACAACAGGGAUCGAGCUCGAGAUCAUGCUGUACAGCUGAUAGAAAGUUAUUUGGCUGAUGUUGAUGUGAUCCUUUCUGAACUUGCUCGCCAUGUUGAUAAUUCGCAAGUUGACUUCUCUAUGUUGGCUUCCCUAGCUCGUGAAGUACAUGAUAAGAGCACAAGCAUUGGCACAGAGCACAUGAGGCUUGCAAGUUUGGAUGUCAUUACAGCUUGUGAUGACAGGCGCAAAUUAAGAUUUGAUCACACCCUGCCCCUUCUGAACAGUGAGUUUGAAUACACUAGGAGGCAGUUGAGCUACUUUGUUCGGCUGGAGAGGGAUGUUAUCAGACUUGAGGAGAAUUCUCAACCACCGAACUAGAGUGAAGUCCCUGUGCUGUUGACUCCUCUUGCUUUCUAAUGUGUUUGUUUCGAACUUCUAAGUUGUUGCUGAACAUGUACCUCAUUCACCUUUAAAAAGGAUGCUCUCUUAAAAACAUCAUCAGUUUGCCCUUUUUUCCUUGGAUGCGCUUUUGCCAACUUUCAGAUUUUAUAAUACUUCUCCUUUGGUUGACGCUA